GGGCGAGAGGAAGAACAACAAACAGGAAUGUUGAUCGGUGUGGGCGUCUGUCUCCGGCAGCCAAUUUAACAGUUUUCCGCCGAAUCUUGUCCUCAAGUCAAAAUAUCGGUCUGCGGUCUGCUUGUCCCGCACUCCCGGCUGGACUGUUGACGUCUUGCUCGGACUGCUUCAGCAGAAGUUAACGUGAUGCGGAGGUAGACACCACGGGGAUGUAGAUGCUCCCUCUCACGACCAGGCUGACACAAUCUCCAACACUUAUCAGCAAGCAAAGAUACCCAAGGAACAUGGUGACAGUUGUUACCAGAACAGACAAGCACUUAUCUUAUGACAGUUAGUGGCAGCUAUCUUUGACCUCGCUGGGGUCCCCGGGUCCCCCCCCCCCACCGAAGAUUCCUUCUUAAGACCGAGACGGAUGGUGGACAAUAACACUAAAAACUCCUUGGGCACAUUUUGAAGGUUACGUCUCAGCAAUGACAACCACUCAGAUCCUCGAGUACCCCUCCCAAGACUCACAGUUUACCUCUCAGCCACAGUGUGGGGUGGCGUCUGCCGUACCUGGUCUUCCGUGUGGCGUUUUGAACCCUUCUCCGGCCCUGCCAGCUGUUUGGCCCCCUAUGGACUUUGCCCUGGGCGCCCUGGCGUGCUGUGGGGCAUGUGUCUUUACCAAUCCUUUGGAGGUGGUGAAAACUCGCCUGCAGCUUCAGGGAGAGCUUCUUGCAAAGGGCACCUAUCAGAGACAUUACCGCGGGGUCCUUCAGGCCCUCUGGGUGGUGGGACGCACAGAUGGGCUCCGGGGCCUGCAGAAGGGGCUCUCGGCUGGCCUGAUGUACCAAGGCCUUAUGAAUGGCGUGAGGCUGGGCUCCUACUCCUACUGUGAGGUUCUGGGCCUUACUGCAGUCCACGGGGGCAGCAUCCUGUCCGGGGCCGUGGCUGGGGCGCUGGGGGCUUUUAUUGCUUCUCCUGCCUAUUUGGUGAAGACCCAUCUGCAGGCACAGGCGGUUCAAACCAUAGCGGUGGGUCAUCAGCAUAACCAUCAGGGAGUGUCAAGUGCUUUUGCUACUAUCUAUAGACGAGAGGGGGUGAUUGGACUGUGGAGAGGCGUGAACGGGGCCGUUCCUCGCGUCAUGGUGGGCUCAGCUGCUCAGCUGGCAACCUUUAGCUCUGCCAAGGAAUGGGUGUCACAUCUCCAGUGGUUCAGUCCAAACAGCUGGCUCAUUGCUUUGGUAGCAGCCAUGAUCAGCGGCGUUGCCGUGACGAUCACCAUGUCACCAUUUGAUGUCAUCAGCACGCGGCUCUACAACCAGCCUGUGGAUGAGAGUCACAGGGGCCGCCUGUACCACGGCUUCUCCGAUUGCUUACUGAAGGUGUGCCAGACUGAAGGCCUGCUGGGGUUAUAUAAAGGAAUGGGCCCCGUCUUUGUUCGCUUGGCGCCACACACAGUACUCAGCAUGCUGUUCUGGGAUUUGAUGAGGCAGAAGGCCUUCCGGGACAAGUGAAGCCAAGGAAGGACUCAAAACACCCCAGCAUACAUACGGGCAGUCCAGCGCCGAAGGAGCAGCGCUGAACUUUCAGACUCGUCUCGUCUCCGGGAAUGGGGAAAAUGGAUGACUGUUCACUUACUUGACUCAGUAAUGCACUGACUCUCAUGAGCGACCCGAGGAGCUGUUGUUUGGUUUUAAGAUAUGUCAAAUUGUUGAGUUCUCUCGAACUGGCGAGUUUUACCUCAAUACCUCAGUAGACUCAUUUGCAAACCAUCCGGAUGUAGAAAACUCCAUGUUCUGCUGUCAGGAGAGAGGAAACGACAGCUGUGAGUUAAUCAAGGGUAAUGCUGAUGACUCGAUGAUGCACUGAAACGAAAUAGUUUGGACUGACAGGACAAAUUCUCUCUAUUCCAGGUCUAGGGGCUUUAUUCCAAGUCCAAAAUCAGGCUGCACUGAUGUCACAUCCUCUAAUUCUUGCGAGUUAAAUUGCCUUUUUGACAGCUGGAAGUAAAGAAUGUGAUAAAGCUUUGUGACAUGUGACAUGUGAACGAGCUUUUCGUUUCCUGAAAUAUGAACUGUUGUUGUUUUAAGCCUUUUAAGUGCAAUUAAUAAAGACU